AUGUAUGAAAGUGACGACAUCCUGAGCCACCGUGCGCGAGCGUUCAGUAUCAACAGUAUAGUGUCCCCACCAAGGGGAUUCGCGUACCACGGUCUGCCGCCUAUGCAGCAGUGUGCCCCGGAACAUCUGACUUUUACAGAUCGUCGCAGCCAUUUUGAAAACUUCGCAUCGUUGUCAGGCGCAGGAGACUUGAAGUCACAUCAUAUGCUAUCCGGCGGUGGCCCGCCGACCAUUCCUCACACCGUAGUGCAGAACAAAGACAUCAAAGUAAACUUGGAAGGAAAGGAGUUGUGGACAAAAUUCCACGAAAUUGGCACUGAAAUGAUUAUAACGAAAGCUGGCAGACGUAUGUUUCCAACGUUUCGUGCAAGUGUCACGGGUCUAGACCCACACGCCAAGUACAUCAUGCUGAUGGACAUCGUGCCAGUAGACGACACCAGAUACAAAUAUCACAAUUCGGAGUGGGUAGUAACCGGUAAGGCCGAACCACAUAUGCCCGGAAGACUGUACAUCCAUCCCGACUCGCCGGCUACGGGAGCCGUGUGGAUGAAACAAGUUGUCAGCUUUCAUAAAAUGAAACUUACCAACAAUAACCUUGAUCAACACGGACACAUUACGCAGCUUAAAAUCGACAAUAACCCGUUUGCUAAGGGAUUUCGGGAUAAUGGGUUAUCUCGCAGGUUAGAUCGUGGUAUUAAAAGAUCUUCUAGCUGCUUGGAAACUUUCGAUGAAUCAACUGAUGCCAACAAGAAGGUUAGUAGCAGUACAGCCGGAGAGGGUAACAACGUUUUCAUGACCUCGACAAAAAAAGAAGACAAAGAUUUAGGUUCUUCGUUAUCGUCCGACAGUACUAGUCGUGGUAACCGCACUCUGCCCAUAAAUACGUCAUCAGAAACCAAUGCCAUUCCUAGCAACAAGAAGAUGCAAGUCCCCCACACUGACCGACUGGUAUGUACAACAGCAGACAAUACGUCUAAAGAAGUCGAUGAUCCGUCUAGUCCAAUUUCAAAAUCGAGCACUUCAAUCACGCACCCAUUACAUAAAAACCGGCAUUUUGGAAAUCAACUGACGUCAGUGAACGCGACCGACGCCAAUAUCACAUCCUGCAGUCGGCGGACAUCGCACCUGUCGAACUACCCCCAGCAACGCGGCGGCGACCCAAUCAACUCUAACUAUUUAUCUCCGACUGAUUCAUUGGACGAGGGACCGCCACUGACGUCAUCACAACAGCAGUGUAGCCUCGGUCUGGCACAGAAUGCUAGUUUGUCCGGAAGAGCAUCGUGCGCGUUGGACGCUGCAAUGGCCAGCAAACCACAAUGCAUGGCCAUACAGCCAACACACAUGACACAGAGUUACAUGCCAUGUAACAACAAAUCCACUUCCGGAGUAUUCCCCGUCGCCAUGUACAGUACAAACGAACACCACCCACACUCUCAUCACCAUCACCCGACAUCAACGAUUCCUCACGUACACACGCAGUCGCAUGUACAACAACUACAACAAACGAAUAUCCCGACAUGCCACGCGUUAGCUGGCACGUCCUCGAUACCCAGCCAGUUCUUGCACACGCACACUAACACAGCGACGAUGGGUAUGAAUGUUCAUAUGAGCAGUCAUUUUCCAACUCACACUAUGAAAUUUUCCGCCUGA